GCAUGCUUCUUUUCAUCAACAACAGCACCUUCAAACACAAGCUCGUAUAAUCACAACAACAACAUCAUCAACCAUGGCAAGUUAUCAGAAGCAGUACGAGGAUCAGGGUCGCAAGAUCGACGAGUAUGGAAACGUUGUAAGGGAAACUGAUGAAUAUGGCAACCCGGUUCAAGCUGCCAGUGUCACCUAUAUAACCUCCUCCACCGAUGGUGUUAGGGAUGACACUAACAAGCAACAUGAUACCAGUAAUGUCUACGGUGUAGACACCCGUAAACAACACGGAACUAUAGGUGACAUCGGUAGACAGCAAGGACCAACCACUGGUUUUACUGGUGACACUGGUAGACAACACGGAACUACCGGUGGUUUUACUGGUGACACCGGUAGACAAUAUGGCACUACCGGUGGUUUUACCGGUGACACCGGGAGACAACAUGGGACUACCGGUGGUUUUACUGGUGACACCCGGAGACAACAUGACACCGGGAGACUACAUGGGACUACCGGUGGUUUUGCUGGUGACACCGGGAGGCAACAUGGGAAUACCGGCGGCUUUACUGGUGACACUGGUCUGGAAGGCCCUUACGUUGGAGCCAACACCGCUGACACAGGGACUGGUCCUAGAAGUGGAACCACAGGUGGCAGCGGCUAUGGAUCUGGUGGCGGCGCUGGUGGUGGUUAUGGAAGUGGAACUGGGUAUGGUAUCAACACUGGGGGAGCACACAGAGAUGAUGUGUAUGGAAGGGAGUAUCGUGAGAAUGAUCAGGACAAGAAAGGGAUAAUAGAAAAGAUUAAAGAGAAGCUUCCCGGAGGCAACAGUGACAACAAGUAGAGACAUCAUGUCUGUGCAUGCAUGCAAGUAUACUACAUAGUAUAAACAUGUUAUAUUGUUGUGUUUUUGAAUAAGUUUGCUGCAUAUAUACGUACUCGUACAGUACUGUCUUGUCGUGUAAAUGCGGUGGAUCUUGUAUAUGGUUAUAGUGUAUGCAAGAGGAAUAAAAGGUGCAUGCAUGCGAGGGAAAGAAGGCAUAGAUGUUCUGUUCUGCCAAUGCAUAUGUAAAACCUACCCUGUUGUAUAGCAGGGUGCUUCAGUUGUGUGUUUUAAAUUUUCCAAUGAAGCAAGUUUUUAUUUCUUUC